AAAAAAUAUAGUAGCUUAUAAAUUUGGGAAAUGGCAAAUAGAUUCACAACAAGAGUAAUCAUGUUUGCGAUGAAAUAGUGUUUUCAUAAGAGAUAAACGCGAAUUUACGCGUUUACAGAAUGGCAGGCUUUUGUGUGUGUUGUACUGCAUUGAAGCCUCGGUACAAAAGAUUAGUGGAUAACAUUUUCCCUGCUAAUCCUAAUGAUGGGCUUGUCAAAAGUAAUAUGGAGAAGCUGACCUUUUAUGCAUUGUCUUCAAGGCCAGAGAAGCUGGAUAGGAUUGGUCAGUAUUUGGAAAGAAAAUUGAGCGCAGAUAUCAAUCGUCAUAGAUCGCAAUAUGUUUUUAUAUCGAUGGAAAUACUGGACCAACUGCUCGUUUCCUGCCAUGCUCACUCACUAAACUUGUUUGUUGAAAGUUUUCUGAAAAUGGUGCAAAAAUUACUUGAAUGUGGUGAUCCGAAAAUGCAAAUAAGAGCAACACAAUCGUUUGUGAAAUUUGCCAAUGUUGAAGAAGAUGCCCCAUCCUACCACAGACGAUACGACUUCUUUGUUUCCAAGUUCAGCUCUCUCUGUCAUAAUAAUAACAGCGACCCACCAACUAGAAGAAAACUCCGCCAGGCUGGACUGAAGGGUCUACAAGGUGUUGUCAGGAAGACCAUUAGUGAUGACUUGCAGGUCAACAUCUGGGAGGCCGUGCACAUGGACAAAAUUGUUCCCUCACUUCUGUACAACAUGCAAGAACACGGACCAGCAGAUGAAGAUGGAGACGCUGAAAGUCCUAGAGAAGAAGAUAACCCAGCCCAUCUAGCCGAGGUCGUGUUCCGAGAUCUUAUUUGCCGUGCUUCCUAUGGAAACAUCAAGUCUGUUUUAUCACCAGUAUUAAUUCACCUAGACAACCAUAACCUGUGGGUACCAAAUGACUUUGCCAUUCGAGUCUUCAAGAUCAUCAUGUUCUCUGUACAGAGCCAGUAUGGUUAUUUGGUUGUACAAAUGCUGCUUACCCAUGUAGACAAACAUGCAAAGAGUGAUCCUCGUAUCAAGACAUGCAUUGUUACUGUUCUCUAUGAGGCUGUACUUAUAUCCGCAGGAAAUUCUACUGGCCCAUCUGUGUUGGAAGUGUUCAACAACCUGCUCCGCCACCUUAGGAUCUCCAUUGACAGGAAGAGCUCAGAGGAGCACCAGCGCAAUGAAGAGAUUAAGUUUGAGGAAGUGGUUGUCAACACUAUUGGUGAAUUUGCCAACAACUUGCCAGAUUACCAGAAAAUUGAGAUUAUGAUGUUUAUAAUGGGCAAGUUCCCACAGUUUACAAAUGAAGAGGAAAUCGGAAAAAUGGACAAGCAGUUAUCUGUGAACUUGCUUAGGACUCUUCUCAAGGUGGCCACUAAAUACAAGACAGUUGGCCUCUCCCAAGCCUUCCCACCAGAAUUUCUUCAUCCGUUGUUGCGCAUCUCAUUAAUUGAUGACCCAGGCAUGCGCAUAAUUGUUCAAGAGAUUCUACAUACACUAUUUGACCGCCAUGGCAAUGCAUUUAAGUUAAAACACAUCACUUUACCAAAGGACAUAGCUACUUUACACCUGACUAUCAAAAUUAACAACCGUCAUGAUUUACUCUUCAUGAAAAAGAGUGGGAUGCAGCUGUACUGGCACAUUCUGGAGAACCUGCAGCUGGAGUCAAAUCGUGUGGACAACUUUGAGGCCAUCUACUGCACCAUGUGUCUGAUAUGCCUGGAGGUUGGUCAAGAUGAGGUUAUCAUUGAACUGGUGCGGCUAGCACUAGACAUCCAGCAAAUGGCCUUAAACAGUUCUCUUCCAGUCACCCAUUUGUGUGCCAUUCAUAGUCUUGUUGCAGCAUUCUUAAAUGUUCUCGGACAAUUGACAAGCGCCGGCUCCUUGUAUCAUAAUGUUUUGAGGGUUGUAGAGAACAGAGAAAAUGAUGCGCCAUACUUAUUGCCAGAUUUUGCCUUUAACCGCAACAAUCGACCUCACAGCUGGUCAGACCUCGAAGAGUCCGAGCUCUACCCCAAAAACUUUGAAGUUAAAGAGAGUUGCUUGUUUCAUCAAGAUAAGUUGGCUGAAUGCCUGCGUAGCUCUGGCUUAGAUGUUACAAGACUAAGCACACCAUUCUCGGCUAGACCAAACUUAGGCUUUGGGGUAGGCUCUGGUGAAGGGGGAACUAGUGUUAGUGAUGUUGGUUCCAUUAAUAUUGAAAUGGAAGGAACUGAUGGUUCUCCGCAUGUAUCUAAAAAGACGGAGGAAAUAACUGUGGAGUCUUUGAAGAAAAUGUUGGCUGAAGAUAAUUCUGUUGGUAAAGCUGAAGAAGAAAAACACAGGAGAGAAGUUGUUAACAUGUUCCGUUCUGCCCCAUUUGAAGACAUUGUUGCUCAUUCAAAGUCAACCCAUUUUCAUAACAAACUGAAUGAGAUUUUGGACAUGGUCUCCCAGGAUAGACUGACCUCUGAACCUCAGCAGGAAAUGGUUUUUCCUAAACUUUUUGUGUAUUAAGAUGCUGAAAAGAUAUUACAGAGUAGCACACGUAUGAAGACAUUGUAAAUAAUUAUGUAAUGAAAUUAUGUUGAUGGGGAGUAUUGUAAUGGAUUAGUCAUUUUUAAAAUUGUCAAUGCUCAAUUAUUAUCGAUGCAUCUUAGGUACCAAAUAUUUAAGUCUUGUAAUUCAAUUACUAUUUAAGAGAACACUCAUUUUUACAAUGUAUAUAUAGUUUUUAAUAAUUUUGUUACAUUUGGACCUUGAUAAUGUUGGUAGUGAGUAGAUGAUAUAUGACAAUAGUGUACUUAGUUUUCACUAUAAUUUUGUGUAUAUAAGAAUCAUUUGAUAAAGUAAUUAAAAUCUAGAAAUCAAUAUGAUUUUCAUUGCUGAUGUUUAAAAAUCCUAAUCCCCUAAAAUUAUAUAUGGACACAAAUUUCAUCUUAAUUUCCAGUAUUUAAAGAACUAGUCUCUAAAGAAUUAGUCACAUGUCUUUGUUUAUGUCUUUUUAGAUACAAAUAGCAUUAGAGUAACUGUAAAUUGAAAUUGAUCUCGGAUCUUUGUCACAUUUUUAUUUAUCAGCUACACAUCAAAAAAACAUGACUAAUUUGCUACAACGAAGUUCAUUUGUAAUAAUUUUGUUUGAUCAGCAUUUGAAGGAUAUUGAUGAAUUGUGUACAAUAACGGUAUGCUAUUAAUAUAUUUACAAUGUGCAAUCCUAGUUUGUGAUACCAGUUUUUUUUUGUUUGAUUAAAAUUGAAA